AUGUUUUGGUUUCACCUGAUGAGAGGUUUGAGAGGUGGUGACAAACCUGCUGUAAGAAUCAUUUGUUGCUGCUGCAAGAAAAAUAAUUUCUGGCUAAAUUUUAACAAUGGGUAACAAGACACCAUCAAGAAACAAUUCAGGAUGUCUUAAAGAAAUAAACAAAACAACAAUAUUCAAACAGGAACAGCCCCAAACCUGGUGUUGCUGUUGUGAAAAACAGGUGUCAUACAGAAUUCCAGCUCUCGUCUAUCUCAGUGUCGACCAAACCUUCCUUGCCUUUGCUGAAAAGAGAAAAACAUUAAGUGACACAAACGCAGAAGUACUUGUGCUGAGAAGAGGAACAUGGAAGGAUGCCAAGAAUCAAGAAGUUGAGUGGGACAGUGGUCAUCAGGUGCUCUCUUCAGCUUGUCUACCAAACCACCGCAGCAUGAAUCCAUGUCCGGUCUAUGAAAGAGAAUCCAAGACCCUCUUUCUGUUUUUUGUCUGUGUUCCCACUCGAGUCUCUGAAUAUGAACAAAUACGGACAAACAAGAGCCAGGGACGACUUUGUUAUGUAACCAGUACGGAUGCUGGCAAAACCUGGAGCCAUACUAUAGACUUGACAGCAGAUGUGAUCGGUGAGCAGAUGAAAGAAUGGGCCCCAUUUGCUGUUGGACCAGGACAUGGUUUUCAAAUGAAGAGCGGAAGACUGAUUAUCCCAGCAUAUGCUUAUCGUUACAAACCUGAUUGCAUAUCAUGCUGCUGCUUAUCGUUUUGCUGUUUCACACCUUAUGCCUUAGCAUUCUACAGUGAUGAUCAAGGAAUCACAUGGAAGGUGGGGAACCAAAUGGAUGUUGAGUCGUGUGAGUGUCAGAUGGCUGAGAUCAUUGAUGAGAAAGGUAUGAGUACUCUGUACUGCAAUGCCCGAACCCGCCUUGGCUACAGAACGGAGGCGCUAAGCUACAACUCUGGAGAUGAUUUUGGCACAGUUUUAUACCCAAACAAGCUGAUAGAGACCGGAAAGGGAUGCCAGGGGAGUGUGUUGAGUUUUCUAGAACAGAGUAAUCCUCCAAAGACAUGGUUGCUCUAUUCCCAUCCGUCUAAUCCAAAGAAAAGAGUGGAUCUUGGUCUCUACUUGAAUAAAACCCCACUGGAUUCCUCAGGGUGGCCAGAUGCACCUUUAAUGUUAUUGCAUCAUGGUCCCAGUGCAUACGCAGAUCUGGUAGAGCAUGAGCCUGGACGCUUUGCUUGUCUCAUGGAAUGUGGAAAGGAACAUGAGAAUGAAGAAAUAGCCUUUUUGCUGUUCGAACUCCCUGUGAAAAAUCUGUAAAAGUGUUCAUUUUCUUGUAGUGUUAGUACCUGCAAAUGAAUACAUCUAAUCAUGAUAAAUCCAUAUUUUCUGUUUUUGUAGAUGAAAACUGCUUCUAUAAAUACUGAUUUGGAAACUGGGGUAGAUAUGGAACCAAAC